CAGGGGUUUGAGGAUGGCGACGCUUGUGGAGUCGGCCGAUACCGAGCCUGCAUUCAGUCGUAAGGCGAUGGCAUCUCCUACAUCUGCCAGCCUUUCACACCGAUUUCUCGACAGCAAAUUUUAUCUGCUUGUGGUUAUCGGAGAAAUUGUUACAGAAGAUCACCUGAAGUGCGCCAUUGCAGAUAUAGAAAAGGGGAUCCGUUCAUGGGACACAAACCUCAUCGACUGCAACUUGGACCAGGAACUCAAGCUCUUUGUUUCUCGGCACUCAGCACGGUUUUCAGCAGAUGUACGAGGUCAGAAAAUCCUGCACCACAAAAGCAAUGUUCUGGAGACAGUGGUACUUAUCAAUCCCUCAGAUGAGGCUGUCAGUACUGAGGUUCGGCUCAUGAUCUCAGACACUGCAAGGCACAAACUGCUGGUACUAUCAGGACAAUGUUUUGAAAACACAGGGGAGCUCAUUCUUCAGUCUGGGUCUUUCUCUUUCCCAAAAUUCAUUGAUAUCUUCACUGAUCAGGAGAUUGGGGAACUGCUCAGCACUACACAUCCAGCUAACAAAGCAAACCUCACUUUAUUCUGCCCUGAAGAAGGCGACUGGAAGAACUCAAAUCUGGACAAACACAAUCUACAGGACUUCAUCCAUAUGAACAUGAGCUCUGCCUUAAUACUGCCAGAAAUGGAAGGCCUCUCUGAGUUUACUGAAUACCUGUCAGAGUCUGUGGAAAUCCCAUCGCCAUUUGACAUGUUGGAGCCUCCGACCUCUGGGGGAUUCUUGAAGCUGUCGAAGCCCUGCUGCUACAUCUUCCCGGGUGGUCGAGGAGAUUCUGCCUUAUUUGCUGUCAAUGGAUUUAAUAUGCUAAUCAAUGGGGGUUCAGACCGCAAGUCCUGCUUCUGGAAACUGGUCAGGCAUCUGGACAGGGUAGACUCCAUUCUGCUGACACACAUUGGAGAUGACAACUUGCCUGGGAUCAACAGCUUGCUGCAAAGGAAAAUAGCAGAACAAGAGGAGGAACUGUCACAGGGCUCCACAGCCAACAGUGACUGGAUGAAAAAUCUCAUCUCCCCAGAUCUUGGAGUUGUGUUUCUUAAUAUUCCUGAAAACCUUGAAAACCCAGAGCCCAACUACAGAGUGAGAAGAAACAUUGAAGAGGCUGCCUUCACCCUGCAAUACUUGAACAAGUUGUCUAUAAAACCUGUAACUCUUCAGAGGCCUGUUGGAAAUGCUAUAGACCCGAUUAUUUUAUUUCAGAAAAUGGGUGUUGGGAAGUUGGAGAUGUAUGUUCUGAACCCAGCUAAAAACAGCAAAGAGUUGCAGUACUUUAUGAAACAGUGGACCGGGAGUGAAAAAGACAAAGCUUCAGUGUUGCUUCCAAAUGGCAAAGAGACAGAGAUGGCAAUUUCUUAUUUAACCUCCAUUUCAUCUUUGAUGGUGUGGCAUCCAGCUAACCCCUCUGAAAAGAUUGUCCGUGUCCUGUUUCCUGGCAAUGCGACACAAUAUAAUAUUCUUGAAGGCUUGGAAAAGCUCAAGCAUUUAGACUUUUUGAAACAGCCUGUUGUGACCCAGAAAGAGUUAUCUUCAGAUUUGGCACCAGCACUGAAGCAAGCAAAAUUGAAGCACAAAACCGAUAGCAAGGAAAGCCUAAAAUCAACCUCAAAGCCAUCAUCUAGUCGAGGAGUCAAAAAGGAAUCCAAGGAAGACGUACCAGAGAAAGCAAAAACAGACUCAGAGGCAGCCCAAGAAAAGACACCAAAGGUUGAGAAAAAAGAGAGACCUUCUACAAAGAAAGAAAAGGCAAAGACAACAGAAACAGAUGCUAAGGCAAAGCCAGAGGAAAUAAAAAAAAAUGAAACCCCUGAGAAAAAGAAAGAUAUCAAAUCAAAAGCACCCAAGGAAAAGGUGGUUAAAAAAGAAAUCAAGAAAACCACUGAAAAGAAAAAUGAAGAAAAAGAAGCAAAGAAGGAUGUGGCUAAGAAAGAAGAGAAGGUGACCACAAAGAAAGAUGAAAAGGUUAAAAAAGAAGAGAAAGUAAAAAAGGAAGAGUCCAAGAAAAAAGAAACAAAGAAGGAUGUAGCAAAAGAUUCUCCAGUGAAAGAAGGAAAGAAAGAACUUAAGAAAGAUGAUAUCAAGAAGCCCUCCAAGGAAUUAAAGAAAACCCCUUCUGUCCCGGCAGAUUCCAAAAAGCCUGUGUUAAAACCAAAAGUGCUAAAGAAAGAAGACUCAUCAAAGAAAGACAUGGGUAGUCCUGGAAAAUCCAAAGAUAAGGGAAAGAUCAAAGGCUCAAAUAAAAAAUCUAAGCCCAGUGAAGCCAGUCUUAGUGCUGGUGCUGCUGUUGCGGCUGCUGCUACUGUUGGUGCAUCUGCAGCAGCUUGCAUUGCAGAGACAAUUGAAGCUGAAAGAUCAUUGAUGUCAUCUCCUGAAGAUCUCACAAAAGACUUUGAAGAGCUUAAAGCAGGUGAUGCUGGUGGGACUAUGCCUCACACAAAGCAGGACGAUUCAAAGCCUAAUGAUGAGAUACAACAUGAGGAAAUAGUCCUGGGUAAAGAGGACUCUAAGGUCGAUGAGCAAGUAGAAUCUCUGGAUGAAGGAAUAACAACUACCGAAGCUGAAGGGGAAAGUGGAGUGACCCCAGACGAAUUGGAACAUAAAGGAAAAAUUAAUACUGAUGCUUGUGAGAAAUUUGAAGAUGAGGGCACUGGAUUGGAGGAGUCAUCAGAAACUGGAGACUAUGAAGAAAAAGGAGAGACUGAAGAUGUGGAUGAACAGCAAGAUCAGAAUGAAAGGAAAGAAACAUGGGAUGACCUGGUUGGCAGCAAAGAGGAAGACCUGCAAGAAGGCAAAAAAUCCAAAGAUAGCCUGGGUUCCAAAGAAGAAGAUGACUUGGAAACAUCUGGGAAAGAUAGAAAUGAAGCAACAGAAGAUAAAACUGAAGAAGGCACACCAGCUUUGAAAGAAAAUGGUUCCCUGCCAAAGAUGUCUGAUCCUCAUUUUCCUUCAGACGAACAUAGCUUGAUUCAAAAUGAAGCCCUUCCGGAUGCCUCUGUGAGUGAAACAGCAUCAGAUGAAGAGAAUCGAGAUGAGCCCCUCGAGGAAUAUACAGCCACAUCUGGCCACACCCAAUCUACACUUGAGAUUUCCAGUGUCCCAACACCAAUGGAUGAAAUGUCAACACCAAGGGAUAUUAUGAGUGAUGAAACCACCAAUGAUGAAACUGAGUCACCCUCUCAGGACAUGGCUAGGUUUGGAGGGGCUGUACCAUCAGGUGGUUUUGACAGAACAAAGCUUUCUCCACUUCAUGACAGCCCAGAAUCUGAUCAUUCAAAGAGUGAUGCCACAGAAGGCAUGGGUUAUCAUGCAUCAGCUUCUACACUAUCUCCACCAUCAUCAUUAGAAGAGGACAAAUCUUGCAGACAGCCUCCUUCUGAAGACAUGUCAAAAAAGAAUGAGGGAGGGUACCGAUUAUCACUGGACAUACCAGAGAAAUUCAGCCAGGACACAACGAGUCUUAGUCCAAGUCCACCCUUUCCACUUGUUAGGACACCUACCAGUGAUCACAGUGCAAAUGCUGAUGUAACACCAACUGCUAUUGCUGCACCAAUUGAAUUAGGAACAACUCUUUCUGGAACACUACAGGAAGUAGAGCCCACUAACAGUCCAGAUGAGAAGACUUUGGAGGGUGCCUCUUCCAUUCAGUCUGCUCCUGAAAGUCCUGGCCAUACACCAUAUUAUCAGUCACCUGUUGAUGAAAAGGUGAGUGCACCACCACCUGAGACUUCUGUCAAAGUUCAGGGACCAAUCAUUGUGGAAGUUACCAGUGACAAAGAGGAAUCUCCCACUAGAGUCAGUCCAAUGGAUGAGCCUGUCCCACAUUAUGCAUCACCUGUUGAGAAGGUUCUGUCUCCUCUUCGUAGUCCCCCACCACUGGGAGCUGACUCAUUAACAGAUGGGUCUCCAAAUGCAGAUGGAAAGCCACACUUUGAGCUGAUUCAGUCCUCAGCAGAGGUGAGCGAUGACAAGAAAACAUCAUCACAGUCUCAAAGUCCCUUAGCUGACAGCGCCUCAACUUCACCCACAACUCCACAGCCUGAGCAGAAGUCCUCAGAUCUACCAGGAACAGAUAAAAGUGACACUGGUUUCCAAAGUGACAAACAAGAAAAAGGAGAGGAAUCGGGGAAAGCAACACGAGAUCUGUCACCUGUAUUAGUAGACUCCAGCUCCACUGGAGCAUUUAAAGAGGAGAGUAAAAUGUCCAUAUCAGAAGGAACAUCUGAAAAGUCAGGAACUCCAGUGGAUGAAGUUGUAGCAGAGGAUACAUUUUCUCAUAUCGCAUCUGCUUCAACUGCUUCACUUGUUACUAGUUCAUUUCCAGAGCCAACAACAGAUGAUGUAUCCCCGUCAUUACAUGCUGAAGUUGGCUCCCCGCACUCAACUGAAGUAGAUGACUCACUCUCUGUGUCUGUGGGUCAGACUCCAACAGCAUUCCAGGAAACUGAGGUCUCACCAUGUAAAGAAGAGAGCCCCAGGCCAAUGUCAAUUUCCCCAGAUUUCUCACCCAAAACAAAAUCAACAAUAUGCUCCAUGCAGGAGCCUAAAUCUCCAGAGCAGUCCACAAUGUCCAUAGAGUUAGAUCAAGAGUCCCCUGUUCACUCUUUAGCCCUUGAUUUCAGCAAACAGUCUCCAGAACAUCCAGUAGCCAGAGGAAAUCAAUAUAUUACUGAGAAUGGCCCAACAGAGGUUGAUUACAGUCCUUCUGAAAGACUUGAUAAGCAAUGUCUGUCUUCAGUGGAUACAAUUUAUUUCAAAGAGAAUUACUCAUCUCAAGCUGCUUUGGCUUCUCCUUCAGAUGGCUCCCAGUCCACUCCUUCUGUUAAUACACCAUCCCAGAUUUCAACACCAUUCAAAGAGGAGGACCAAUUAACUGCCACAGACCCCAAUAAAAUUUCACCAUGUUCCACUAAAAGCUCAGCUUCCCCAGAUAGUUUAUUGUUGAAAGCUGAGGAAACUAUUGAGCAGUUAGAUAAGUCCCCUGCCACUCCUAAAAUCUCAUCCCUCACACAUUCUCCUCUUUCCUCUGACUCAUCAGUGGUUGGUCCUGAUAAUGUGUCAAUUAAAUGCAUGGGGUCCACUCAAAAUCUCGAAAAGACCCCCAGUCCAAAAGCAAGCCCCCUCAGCUGCUCACCACCAUCGACGGAUAUGCCAUUUAGUUCUGAAAGCUCUGUUGAUCAGAAAGGGCUAUCAUUGCAAGAAGAUGAACCUAAGGAAAAACAUGACAAGUCACCUUCGCUGCCAGAAGCCGGAUCUCCUCCUUUUUCAAUGUCUUCCUAUUCUUGCUUUUCACAGAAAACAGAAUUAGUAUCUCAGGUAUCAGGAACUAAUCCGUUUCUGUGUGAGGAACCUACUGGUCAGUCUAAAUCCCCAGUGAGUCCGAAAAUUCCUUCUCCUUCAUAUUUACCACUUUCAUCAAAUUUGUCUGACUUUCAGGACAAGUUUAGCACACAUUCACAGUCAUCAUCUGCAUCUUACUCACAGGCAUUUGAAUCCAGUUUUUCUCAAAGUGCGGAACUGAACAGGGACAAACAAGAAGACCAGAAGAGUGCAGAUGGUCCCCCAGAACCGGAUUACUCUAAAAAGAGUCCCUCUCCACAAUCUAGAACAGAUGUUGAUUUAUGCUUGGUUUCCUCUUGUGAAUACCGGCACCCUAAAACAGAGCUCUCUCCUUCAUUCAUAAACCCAAGCCCUCUUGAAUUCUUCACCACUGAGGAGAAUACUCUGGAAGAAGAAAAACCUUUAGCUAAAUCUGGAGGAGAUCCUCCACCACCUGGUGGGAAACUCCAUGCCAGACAGUGUGAUGAAACUCCACCAACUUCAAUCAGUGACUCGGCCCCUUCACAGACAGAUUCAGAUGUACCCCCUGGGACUGAGGAAUGCCCCUCCAUCACUGCUGAUGCAAACAUUGACUCUGAAGAUGACUCUGAAACUCUUCCAACGGACCGGACUUUGACUUACAGGCAUGCAGAUCCUCCCCCAGUCACCCUCCGUGACUCUGCACCCUCUCCACCACAUCCUGACGUCUGCAUGGUCGAUCCCGAAGCCUUGCUAGCCGAACAAAUCUUGUCAAAACCUUCAAAGAAAGAGGGGAGUGAAAAAAUUAAGAAGAAAAAAAUAGGAAUGAAGGCUAAGUCUUCCUCACCAGCAAAAAAGAGCAUUACAAAAACAAGCGCUGGUAAGGACUCAUCAGACAAAUUUUCAAAGACUUCAUCUCCAAAGAAGAAAGACUCCUCAACAUCCAAGUUGAAUAUGAAUGUUGGUGGAGAGGGAAAAGAUGCCAAAAAUGCAUCAAAUACCUCUGCUUCAAAGGGUGCAAAAACAGCUACAUCAGGCUCUGGCAGUGGUAAGGCCACUGGAGGAAUGUCCAUCCCCGACUUCCCCCCAAUGUACCUGGACUUGGUAUAUAUACCAAACCACUGCAGCGCUAAGAAUGUUGAUGCUGAGUUCUUCAAGCGGGUGAGGUCUUCUUACUAUGUUGUAAGUGGUAAUGACCUGGCUGCACAAGAACCCAGCAAGGCUGUUCUGGACUCUCUGCUGGAGGGGAAAUCUCAGUGGGGCAGUAAUAUGCAGGUCACUCUGAUCCCGACCCACGACUCAGAGGUAAUGAGGGACUGGUACCAGGAGACCCACGAGAAGCAGCAGGAUCUCAACAUUAUGGUGCUGGCCAGUAGUAGCACAGUGGUCAUGCAAGAUGAGUCAUUCCCUGCGUGUAAGAUUGAGCUGUAAUUCAUAAUCUCCUGAGCAUUGCACAAACUCAGUGCUCUUACAAAAUCCUCAGUGUAAAACAUAGACAUACAAAAUAUUAGGUGUACUGUGAAGUAAGGGAGGGAGGUGUACGAAUAUGCUGUUACUCAGCUAAGGCAAACACACUUUGUAACUAUUGAACAUUCUCCAAACCACCAGUAAUUAUUUAAAGUACAUUGUUGAAACACAGAAAAUAUGGAACAUUUUCUAGACUGUUACCAUCAUACUGCAAACUCCAUCAUGAAGCAUGUCCACAGGUCUACUCUGUAGAAUGGUGUGUGUAAACCUUUUUUGUUUUCCAGAAAAGGGAAUGUUUGAAUAGAUAAAAUAGUUAUUAUUACACAAGGCAUGCUUGCAGUUCGUUUUAACCACAUUUUCCAAUGCAAAUUUGUUCACUUUUAGGACAUGUUCAUGCUCAUUAGCACUGUUAACAGUGGUAGAAUAAGUCAGAGAAAUAUAAUAACUAGAAGGACUCUACCCCCAAUGCCCACCCGCCCCUCCCUCUUUCCAAACCCCUUCAUAAUAAGUGCUUAACUAUAAUCUGUAAUUGUGUAAUCCUGUAUGUACAGUAGAGGCUACUGAAAUUCGACAUUUUCAGCAACUAUUCCUAAUGUGUACCUCUAUUCAGGAUGUCAAACUGUAGGUAACAGUAUCCUACACCUCAAAGAGCACUAAAACCUAUCUAGACAAAAUAAUUAUUAAUAUUGGCUUUUACCCUAAAGCAUAGAUCAAAUAAUAAGGGUAUACACAUCUGCCUUAGAACGUUACCUGAAUGUACGUAUAAGAUACAUUAUGCACGUAAUAGAGAAAGAGAAACAGCAGGUGCAUGAGUUGAAAUAAGUGGAAUGAUAGUCAAAGUCAAUUGCCCACUAUCAGAAUUGUCUUUUUUAAGACUGGAACAGCUCUGUGUAUCUGUAUUUUGUGUGUACUACAACCAUGUUAUUUGAUUGAUCUCAUCGGUAAAAUAUUCUUAGCUGAUUGAAGGUCCCAAUGGAAUGUCAUUUAACAGCUUUGGGAUGAGACCAUUGAACACAUUGGAUCAUUAUAACCUUGCAGGUUUUUAAUUACUUUGUGAGCCUAAUGGCAGGAGUUUUGCUUUUUAUUUGUUUGGUAAAAUCUGGCCAUUCAAAAUGCAUUAGUAUUAGGGAAAACAAUUAACAUCACAAUACAGUAAGACCUCACCUAUUUCUUUUCCCCAGUGCAUAAGGAUAAUGCCACAAUAGGCAUAUUCUUAUAAGCAGUAGUGAUCGGUCUAUUUUUUUCAGUGGAAAGUAAAUCAACCCAAGGCAGACAUUAGCAUUGCUAUAAAUAUUAGCAAUAUUGGAAUUGACAGUUAUAGUUCAGUUCUCAGAUAACUGUCAUCCCACACUAAAGCCUCAUUUAAUUUUAAGUGAGUUAUUAUUUUAUUUAUGUUUUGCACAAUUUAUUUCACUAGAUUCUUAUUUUAGGGACCAGACUAUUUUUUUUUGUUGUUGAAAAAAACCCUCAUAAAAACAUUUUUAGCCUCUGGAAAAAAGUAUUUUGAUCCAUCAAUGCCUUGAACAGACAGAGAGGAAUUCUACAGCUGCUUUUUAUGUAGUGGUUUAAUGUCAGAUAUGCUCAUUACAAAUGUAAACACAUAUUGCAAUAGGUUUCAGAAUGUCCUUUCCCUGGUUCAUCUGAUGGUAUAUGAACUUAAUCUAGUGGGUACAUUUUCUUUUCUUGUAAUGUCAGAGAGGAAAAAAAAACUUGAAUGUAGUGCAUUUGAAUGUGGUGCAUUUGGUUUUGUUCAUGAAGUGAUAUGUUUCCCAAGCCCUUUGGACUUUUUCUUUUUAAAAUGUACUAUACUUAUAAAUAACUUUGUGGCAGGGUGAAUUGUUGGGAUAGAUUUGCAUGUGUAAUGUAAAAUACUGAACAUUUCUUUUGUAAUGCGGGGGAAGACUGGAACUGCCAGCAAAAAGUAAAUAAAUAAAAAAUAGGGCCAUUGUAAAGCCACAGUAGAAUAUAAGAAACUCAUUCACUGGCUACUAUUGGAACUACAGCUGUCAUCACUCCUGUACAAACCAGGUGUUGAUCAUUAUUAAGAUUUUAAACAUGAUCCACCACAACCAAAAUGGUGUCCACAUCUUUGGACACUGUUCUUCAGUUAACUGCAAACACUUUUUCCAGACCUAGGCAGUCACCAAACUGUAUCCUUCAUAAACAUUAGAACAUCAUUAUCAUUAAGCUAAGUCAGAUAUAGCAGAGCUUAAUUUAAACUUGACGAUGGCAUGGGGAGAUUAGAUGGAUCAGUGUGUGUAAGCUACAGGAUUAUAACUGAACUUUUCAUUUAAUAUAUAAGGAUUUGCAAAAGCCAUGAGCUGAACAGAGAUAACAGGGGACCGUAGCAACAAUGAAAUUACAUUGUUAAAUAUUGAACAUUUCAAUACAGGAUAGAACUCAAAAUCAAAUGAGUUGCAGCAUUAUAUUUCAGUCAAAAAACAACUGGACUUUUAAUAUUUGUAUCAUCUGCUCUUCAGUACACUGGACCUGACACAAGAGUUAUACAACAACUUGCAACAGUACCUUUAACCACACGCAUGAGCAUCCGGUCACAUCACAGCUAACAGUGACUGCAGAAGUCUUGACGUUUCCUCUCAGAAACACUUCAUGCUAUUCUUUCUCCUCCUGGGUGAAUGUUAAUGUAUGUCUGCAGCUGUGUAAGGUAUAUGUGUUGUAAUCUUGCAUCCUUCCUAUCCUUUUCCAAAUCAUAAUGUAGAGCCUAGUUUCGAGUAAAAGUAUUACUUCGUGCUUUUCUGAUAUUUGUGUGCAAUAUCUCCUCCCACUGAGGUGUUUGAUGUAAAGGGAACUACCAUUAAAAGAGGGGAAAACA